CUGUUACACACAUCAGUCAGUGAUCGCAGAAAGUUGCCUGGGCUGGACCUUGAAGACAUCUCCGCCAGCCGCAAGUCCAUCUCCAGCUGUCGCCUCUACAGAACUUGACGUCGAGAAUACACAAAAAUAAAUAAAGAAAAAGAAAAAGAAACCCAAAAAGCUUGCGUCCGCUGAGCCUGCGCCGCGGGCGUGGGCGUCACCGGCACCAUGGCCCUCCCGCGUGGCAGGACCACGUACAAGAAAAAGGACGGCAUCCUCACGCUGACCCAGGACCGCACUGCCCUGAUAUGGUCGCCCAUGCCCGCGACCGGCCCGCCCACCGUCUCCCUCGCGCUGGAGAACAUCAUGAACCUGCAGCAGACCCCCGACGGCUCGCCCAAGGUCAUCUUGAGGGUCAUCGAGAAGCCCAAGCCGAACGUGGAGGGCGCCACGCCCCAGCAGUUUCUGUUUCAGUUCACCUCGCCGAGUGAUGCCCGUGCCGAGGCCAAUGCGAUCAGAGAUCUUCUCUCUCAACUACUGGCCGCGGCCCGCGAGAACGACCCAAACGUGCCCAAGCCCGUGGGGGGCGCCGCCCAGGCCUCGGCGGACGGUGCCGGUGCUUCGGCCGCCAUGUCGUUUGCCAGCACAGUGAAUGCCAAGGCGGCGUCGGCCAAGUGGUUUGACGACAACGCGCUCAAGGCGGACGUGGAGCUCCAGCAGUCGCUCAUGAAGAAGGACAAGGACCUGGCCCAGACCUACUCGGACGCCCUCGCCCUGAAGCCUGAUUCCAUCUCGGAUGCUGCCUUCAAUGCCCAGUUUUGGUCCACCCGGGUCGGCUUGCUGCGUGCCCACGCCAUCGAGCUAAACCAGAAGAAGGGGGCGUACAACGUGCUCUCAACCAUCAAGCCGCGGACCGAGGACGGCCAGUUCAAGCUCAGUAUUUCCUCGGAGCAGAUAUCCAUGAUCCUGCAGCAACAUCCGCUGGUGAGGCGGAUAUACAACGAAAAUGUGCCCAAGCUCAGUGAGAACGAGUUCUGGUCCCGCUUCUUCCUCAGCAAGCUGUCCAAGAAACUGCGUGGCGAGCGUCUCACCGGCAAUGAGAACGCCGACAACAUAUUUGACAGAUACCUGGACGCGGAUAACUCGUUCGGCUUCGCGAGCAAGAUCACGGCCGCCCAGAAGGUGCCACACAUCAUCGACUUGGAAGCGAACGAGGAAAACCAAGGCGGGUUCAAGAGCGGCAACCGAAAGGACAUCGAGAUGCGGCCGCGCGCCAACAUCCCCAUCAUCCAGACGCUGAACAGCCUCAGCGAGAAGAUCAUGGCCAACGUCGCCCCCUCCGACCUCGACCCGUCCGCCCCGGACGGCCUGGUCGACGACACCCGCACGUUCGACAACCUCACCCUUCGCGACCUGCGGGGCGAUGCCGAGGCACAGCGCAUCAUUCUCAACGUCAAAGAACAAAACAAGUUCUUCUCCAACCAGGACGGCCAGUCGGAGGAGGCCAAGGAGUUCGAGAAGCAGAACCCCUCAGAAGUCCUCUUCGAGGUGCAAGCCGACUUCGAGACGUUCGACGACGACGGCGCGGGCGGAAUAGAUCUCCGCAAGGGCAUCGGCGUCGACGACGACAGCGACAGCGACGGCGACGCCGAAACCAAGAAGCCGCCGCACGUCGGCUCGCGCGCCGCCCGCCGGCGCGCCCAGGAGCAGAUCCUGGACGGCAUGCGCAAGAAGCGCUCCGAAACGCAGGGGACGGCCUCCUCCUCCUCCUUCAGCCUCGCCGGCAGCGGCGAGGACGGGACGGACCCGACGCCCAUGAGCAUUCCCGCGGACGUGGCGCAGCGGUGCAUACUGACCAACGCGACCACGACCGAGUUCCUGCGGCAGUUCUGGGCCGCCUUCCUGUCGGGCGACGCCGCGCGCGCGCCCGAGCUCGCCUACUACGCCGAGUCGCUGCGGCGGUCGGCCGAGCGCAUCGAGGCGCUGGCCGCCGAGGCCGAGCGGCUGCGCCAGCAGCUGAUCGAGAAGCGCAAGCGCGAGAUUAAGGAGAUCUACGAGCGCACGCGCAAGAAGGUCCGGUGGCAGCCGCCCAAGGGCGGCAGGGACUCGGUGCUGGCGCUGUUCGAGGCCACGCUGGCGAGCCUGCACGCCGCGCAGGCCUUGUACGCGUCGGCGCUGGGCGACGCGAAGCCGGGCGGGUUGUAAGAUUAGCACGAUGGGGGCCGGGAGGAUAGAAAGGAAAACGGGGACCCGGGACAGCAGUCUGUAUGACAAUGGGGGGAAAAAUAAUGAUACCAAUACGCAGGUUUUGUUGGGGGUUGUGACAAGGUAAAAACAAAAGGCUUUUGAUCCCAACCUCCUUCGUCUAUCAAGUCAGCCUAAGCCAAGUACGCACAUAUAAUCCCGUAAUCCGUUUAUGUAGA